AUGAUCGCCAGCCCGCUCCUGGCGGCACCCGCGCCUUCUCUGGCUAGCGUGACGUUCUUGAACGUGGACAACGGCGCGACCGUGUCCUCGCCAGUGCACCUGGAGCUGGCCGUCAAGGGCUACGACGUUUGGCCUGCUAGCGAGGGCGUGGUGCCUGGCACCGGCCACUUCCACGUGAUCGUGGACCGCGCCAGCUCCGAGAAACUGGAGGAGGGUGACGUCAUCCCCUUUGACGCGACACACCUGCACUACGGGAAGGGGCAGGUUUCUGUGGAUGUCCCCUUGACCCCGGGCAAGCACACACUCACUCUGCAGUUCGCCAACGCGCUGCAUGAGAGCUACGGCGAGGCGGAGCGUGAAGACAUCUCCAUCACUGUUCAGUGA